UUUGAAUUGUGGGCGUCUUGUGCGCGCUUGCCUUGUGCUUGAUGUCCUUCAGAAGGUCGUCAUAUUCGAUCUAACAUGCUUGAUUGGGGAUCCUAGGCUGCGUUGUUGUUUGUGUUUCUGUUUCAUCUUCUCGCAAGUUUUACAGACUUUGCAAUGCUGCCUCAGGCUUCUUCACCACAGUCUUCAAACUCCUCCUUUUAAUAUUUGCCAUCUCGAAGUCAGGCAGACGUAUUUGUACUGGUUAACUGUGAACUCGCUUCUGACGUUGGAAAGUAUGUCACCAGAACUUAACUUGCACCACCAGCAGAAGCAUAAGUGGCAACAAGUGGCGGGGGUCCCCGGGCUUUGGUUGUGUCCCAAUUUUCUAAGGGGCGAUCGACAAGAGAAGCUCCUGAAGGACAUCUUAGCAGAGGGCUGGUUUGAAACGCCGGUCCACAAUCAAGCGAUGCGCUUUGGUGACCUCCCUGCCUGGGCGGAAGCCCUUAGCAAAGACAUCCACCAGUCCGUAAUACACUUCGCUGGGUCUUUGGAUAUCGACACCCCAGACUCCGAGACUCCGCUCACUCCCCCUCUUCUCUGGCGGGAACCGCUCUUUGACCAGAUGAUCGUCAACAGUUACCAGCCUGGGGAGGGCAUCUCAUCGCAUGUCGACCUCGCCCGUUUUGAGGACGGGAUUGCCAUCGUCUCGCUCGGUCGGGAAGAGGUGAUGGAGUUCCACCCCGUGCGCGCUGAACAAGACUCAGCGAAGUCAGGGCUCAAGCAAGCUAGCGAAGCGGAGUCCUCUGCCACGAGGCAAAGCAAGCGCGUAAAGUAUUGUAGGGAGUCGGAGACGGAGUCCAGGGCAGACGAAGCUCGUCGAGAUAGUGCCGAGCUUUUUCACACCGGCUGCAAUCAGAGACGCGGGAGUGAACCGUUUGUCGGUCGGAGUGUAAGUCCAAGCACAGGACAAAAUGGCACCACAGAUGUGGACGGCGAAGCUCGAUACAACUGGAAGCACGGCAUUCCAGGUCGUACAGAGAUCGACAAGACCUUGCAAACAUCGGACAAGGUGCGCAUAAGCGUGACUCUGAGACGGCUGUGUCAGACGAGCUAG